AUGUCUAAUAAUUGGGAUGUGACAUCCCUAAUGGAAAUGGGUAUUGAUCAUGAUGUUGCGAUGGAUGCAAUGAAACGAGUAAAUGGUAAUUUACAGGAUGCCGUGAAUUUCAUCUUUUCUAAUGAAUUACCAGAUCAUUUAACAAAUAGUAAUCGUGAUGAUAAUAAUAAUAAUAAUAACAAUAACAAUAACAAUAAUAACAGCAUAAAUACAGUACCAAUCGAUAUAGAGUCUGUCGAAUUGCCAAUAUUCACAAAAAAUAGUGAAAAUAAGAACUCCAAUGACCAAAAAACUGCUAAUACUUUGAUUGAUUUUGAUUCUUCGGAAUCCUCUAAUUCUAACCCUAAUAAUAUGCAUGAGGAAAACAAUAAUUUAACAAAGAGGAUACAACUACCACAAGAUCAUUCAUCACACCAUGAAGUUCCUCAAACAAAGGAUGUUUCUUCAGGAACUUCAUCAUCCUCGUCAUCAAUCUUAUCCGGUUCCGGGGCAGAACAUGGUGGAAAUAAUAUUACUGAUUCAUAUGACCAAUUGUCAGCUUCGAUAGGUGAUUCGAGUGAAGAACCACCGACUUAUAGCGUGAUGCGACAUUCUAUUCAUAAAGCGGAAAUUAGUGAUCCCACAGUUCUAACACCUCUACCAGUAAAUUCUGCAAUGGAAAACUAUUUAGCGCUAUAUGCUUUAGCUAUGGCAUAUUAUGCACCUAACCUUUUUUUGCAACCGGAUUUUAAGAAUUUAAAUUAUGAUGAAUCAUGGUAUAAAGGUAACACAAUUACAGAACCGUUAUACAAAUUAAAGUUUUCUAAUGAUGUAUCAAGGGAUUCUUCUUCAAAAACUGAAUCAAUGGAUGUUACGAAAAAAGUUGAAAUAGUUCAAUCAUCUUCUAUUGAUAAUCCAUCUGAAACUCAACCAGAGACUUUGUGGCAAUUACAAAAAUUGAUCUCUGCGUGUGAUUCGAAAUUUUCAGAGAGAGCUUUUGUCUCUGCUAAAUUAAUCUCGAAGUCAUUUGAUUCUAAUGUUCAACAAAAAUUGGCAGAAGUUGAACAUGUUCAUGAAGUUCUCCCCACAUUCAUUAAGUCUCUUACAACAGAUCUUCAAUUGUGCCCUGAUUCAAAUGCAUCCUAUAUUAGCAAAACAUUUGUAUCCACAGCUGUUUAUAAACCUUCAAAGGAGGAACCCUUUCAGGAGACUUAUCUGACUUUAUUCCAUUUUUUACCCGAAGAGUACGAUUCUACUUUAUACAAGAUGUUUAACGUAUUGUUGUACCCAGAAGAGAAUACAGGAGAUCUCAAUGAAAGCGAUAGUGAUGACGACGACGAAAGAGAUAGUUCUUUGAAAGUGAUUUCACCUAUUUUUACUGUUCUGUUAAGUGAAAUGGAUGAAUCUACUAAUGAUAACAUGGCAUAUACAGAUGGAAUUGAUAUUCCAUUUGAAUUUUAUCCUCAAAUAUACACCAAAAAAUGUAAGGAUCAAUUGAUAAAACAUAUUAUUGAAAAGAGAAAUAAUGCGAAUUUUGAAUUAAGGAGUAUUUUGAAUGAUUUGAAUAAAUUAAAGAGUUAUCAAGGGAAAGAUAUAUUUAUGUUCUUGAACAGUACAUUGAAAUUUUUAGAAGAAGAUGAAAAAAUAUAUGAUGAAAAAGAGAAACAGAUUCCGACAGCCAUUUCACAGAUUGAAGGUAUAAAAACACAAAUUAAUGAAAAGAAAGAACAGAAAAAGAAUCAAUACAAAGAAAUCUCCCAAAAAUUGCACAAUGAAUGGAAUUUAACGUAUCCUGAAAUGCAUAUAAUUAAGACGGCCAAACAAUUGAAUUUAAUAGAUUCUCCUUAUCUCUUGAGCAUGUUAGUGAUUUCACCACAGCUAUAUUUCCAACGAGAUAGAUCAGAUAAAAAUAAAUGGACCCAAGUUAAAUGCAACAUGCUGGGAACUGACUUCCAAAUAACAAAGUCAAUAACAGAAGUUCAAUUGAAGGAAUAUAUUAAACAGUGCACUAGGGCUCCUAAUGAGACACCAAUAAUGUUUACAUAUAUUAAAGAGGACUUUUAUGAUGAACAACAGGCAUCAUUAGUAAGACAUUUCGAGAAUAACGAAGGUUGUCAACAAUUUCAUAAAGCAGAUCAAUUAUAUUUGUUAAGUACCAAGUAG